AUGCCUUCUAUCUGCCCUAAGUCGGCGAUGAUCUCGCUCCCCACCGUUCUUCAAUCUAUAUUCGCUUUCGAGGUCGCUCCACAGAUUCGAAACUCGUCAGUACGGUCCCUGAACCGAUCAUCUCUUCGCCACCGUCUCAGAAGCACACGGACUAUCACCACUGUUUCCAUUGACUCGAUUCCUGUCCCUUCCGCCCAGAAACCCGAUGAUCGAGUGACUAGCCCGAGCGAGCCUUCUCUUACCGCCGAUAAGUCAACAGCUUCAGAUACUAGCUCGAGCAAUCCAGCCUCUAAAGCUACAAGCGCAGAUAACUCAGGCUCUGCACGCCGAACGAAAACAAAUACGAAGACGUCCAACGAAAAGCAAGCAAGCGAUCAUGAGAAUAAGAAAAAUAUCAAGAAGUCAGCGAAGGAAACCACGGCAAGCAAUGCACCGAAGCCACCUAAAGAAAAGGAACCAUGGCAGAUCCAGAAAGAGGCUCUGAAAAGGAAAUUUCCGACUGGAUGGGCACCGCCUAAAAAGCUCUCUCCUGACGCAAUGGAGGGAAUUCGUCAUUUGCAUCAUAUCGCGCCUGACCAAUUCACGACUCCUGUCCUUGCGGAGGAAUUCAAAGUGUCCCCCGAAGCUAUUCGAAGAAUCCUAAAGAGCAAAUGGCGCCCAUCAGGAGAAGAACUCGAGGAACGACGGAAACGCUGGGAGAAGCGGCAUGAUAGGAUUUGGAGUCACCUGUCAGAGCUAGGUUUGCGACCAAAGGUUCCUGACUAUGGUAGUGAUGCGGAUGCAGUAUUGUACAAACGAAAGAGUAAAGGUGUCUAGUGACCUAUUAUGUGUUGCUUGGACGCUAGACAGCACUUGUAUAUUAGAUCAGAAUCGAUUUGUAUAUUAGCGAUAUAUUCAAAGCGACAUCCUAAUAUGUUAAUUUGCUUAAGU